UCCAACAUAUCAAAUAUAAAAAAUAACCUCUUAAAAACUAGAAGUUAAAAAAGAGGGAAAAUCUUUUAUUUUUUUUAAAAAAAACUUGAAGAAAAAUGGGUGGUUACUACUACCCAACAUGGCCUGAAUUUAACAAGAAGCCAAUCACACCACAAAUCAAGGGGUCUCAAGUCAUUGCUUUCCACUCUUCAACAAAAUGGAAGCUCCAUUUUGAUUCUUUGAAAGAUACAAACAAAUUGGUUGUUAUUGACUUCACAGCUACAUGGUGUGGUCCUUGCAAAAACAUGGAUCCAAUUAUCAAUGACUUUGCUUCCAAAUAUACAGAUGUUGAGUUUGUCAAGAUUGAUGUUGAUGAAUUAGUUGAUGUAGCUCUGGAAUACGAGGUUCAAGCUAUGCCAACGUUUGCGUUGAUGAAGAGAGGGAAGGUUGUUGACAAGAUUGUGGGAGCAGAUAAAGAUGGACUAAAGAUGAAAAUUGAGAAAUACAAAGCUAGCUUAUACUAAGCAAACCAAAAGGGAAAUAUAAAGGAAUGACACUUCCUGUGUUGAAUAAAAUUCAUGUCUUUGCACGAAUUUUCAAGUGGAUGAUAUCGAUCGAGUGGUCUCAGUUAUGAUUUUUUAACUGAUACAACUAGCUGUGUAUUCAUCUCAAGUUCUUGUUCAGUUCUGAUUGUGAAAUUUCAAAGAGGCUGACUAAAGCACUAUUUUUUGUUACAUUUAUAUUUGAAUAAGAAAAUGUCUCUGUUUUUUGUGUUCA